AUGGCUUCCACCUCCUCCUCGGCCGCUGUGGUCGCUAUGGCACAGCGCGCGUCCGUGCAAUACCUCGAAUGCCGUCGGAACGUCACAGCCAAAGUGGACGAAGUGAAGCUCCUGGACGAGCAGAUCGCGAGUGUGUUCCAGCAGAUCACGGCGCUGGCUGAAGCUCCUGAAGGCGAAGAAGAGCUCUCGGACGAGGCUAGGGCUGCAGUGAAGAGUGUGGGUCGUCUGGAGGUUACGCUGGCUGGUGUCGAGGGAGAAGAGCCCGUACCCAACGCCAUGAUCACGGUGUCGAUGGACCCGGAGUACGCUGCUGACGAGUACGAGACUGUGGAGGAGGUCGUGGAGAAGAAGGACGUCGUGGUGACCGACGAGGAGGGCAACGUGCUUGAGGAGGAGCAGGUGGCUGAGAUGGAGAGCGAGCAUACUCCUCGCAAGCUGAAAACUACGACGAAGAUUACACGUACGAUCAUUAAGAAGCGUGUCAAGAAGGAGAAGGCACCUGAAGUGCGUACAGUCGCGUGGACGACGGGUUUGAAGAGCGAGAAUGGAGAAGAAGAGGACGUGACGAUGGCGCGAACGUUCCCUGUAACGUUUGCGUUUGACCCCGUGCAGUCGCGUGAGGCUGUCGUGAUCAUUACAGUCGCUGCGGCUGAGGAAGAUGAAGGGGAGACGGAGCCAGUGAAGGAGAUUGAAGUGCCUGUUUCAUCGCUCUUUCACGAGAAUGUGCUGGACAAGUGGUACGCCAUUGAGGACGAGCAAGAAGAAGAGGAGCUCACGACGAUUACGGAACUGGUAGAAGAGACGAUAAAGGAAGCGAUUGAUGAAGUUGUGUCCAAGGAAGUGGCUGAGGAACCGAUUGGUGGGGCUGAGGGUAAGGAGACUGAAGUUUUGGAGGCGGAAAGUAUGGCCACGGAUACAGCUGAAACGUCUGAGACGGCUGAAGUGGAUGAGCAAGCUGACGGAGUGGAUGUUACUGCUGAUGACGAUGCAUCAGCCGAAAAGGCCGAUGAUGCCGACAAGGCUGAGCAGACUGAAGCUGCGGAGCGUGAGGAAGUCGGGGAGACGGAGAAUGCUGAAGUGGAGGAGAAUGUUGAAGGGGCUGUCACUGCUGAAGCGCCUACGCUGCUGCGCAGCCGUUUUCAUGUCCUGGCGAAGUUUGAGCUGUCAGAGGCUGAGAAGUUGAGCAUUUCUGUGGUCGCGUUGUCUAAAAAGAAGCAGGAAGCCGAAGCCGAGCUACGUGUGCUGGAGCGUGAGGCUGCUAAUCUCCGCAUCAAGUAUGACCGGCUGAACGCGAGCCAGCGUCAGUUGAGCGCAUCUAGCAUCUCCAAGCCCAAGUCAAACCUCCUCGGCAGCCGCUUUGGUACAGGCAGUGUGCCUGUGCAGCGCAAGUCAUGGUACCAGAGCUCCCGCGAACGUGCCACCACGUUUAUCACGAAGCACGAGCAGCUCCUUGUCAGCGUUGCCAUGUUUGCCGGCAGCGUGUGUCUCUUCCACUACAACGGAGAGAAUCUGCUCGCUUAA